AUGUUUAUGCUUCCUGUAAAGACCCGUUUUCGAGGAAACGCGCCUAUGGCGGUCGACCCAAAUGCCGAGGAUAUCGUGGAUGAAGCUAUCAGCUUGUUCCGUGCCAAUUGUCUAUUCCGCAACUUUGAAAUCAAGGGCAAUGCAGAUCGUGUUCUCAUCUAUUUGAUUCUCUUUAUUUCUCAAUGUCUUGGCAAGAUCAACAAGAACACCACCCAAGGCGAUGCCAUGAAGCAACUAAACACCUUGGCCGUAUCCAACUUUGCCAUCCCCGGCGAUCCAUUUUUCCCUUUGAAUGCCAUGUAUGCCGCUCCUACCGAUCGAUUGCAAGCUGAUCAAAUGCGACAAUACAUUCAGCAAUUACGUCAAGAGUUGGUGGCUCGUUUGGUCGAACAAAUCUUUGUGGAUGGCAAACCAAGCAAAUGGUGGAUGUGCUUCUCAAAGAGAAAGUUUAUGAAUCUUAGUCUGUAA